AUGUCGCUCCCCGCCGUCGACCUUAAGAAGCCCGCCCCCGCCGCCGAGAAGAAGGAGGAGGAGGUCGAGAAGGGUCUUUCCAACGACGUUCUCACCAAGUACACCACCGCCGGCCAGGCCGUUGGUGAGGUCCUCAAGAAGCUCGUCCCCCAGGUCACCGCCGGCAAGAAGGCCCUCGAGCUCUGUGUCGAGGGUGACAAGCUCGUCGCCGAGGCCAUUGCUCCCCUCUGGAACAAGGCCAAGAAUGGUGUCAAGGUCGGCAAGGGCUCGGCUUUCCCCACCUGCAUUUCGGUCAACAACGUUGUCUCGCACUUCUCGCCCCUCUCGUCGGACGCCGAGGUCGAGCUCAAGGACGGCGAUGUCGUCAAGAUCAUGCUCGGUGUCCAGAUUGACGGCUACCCCGUGACCCACGCCGAGACCCUCAUUGUCGGUGACAAGAAGGACGGUGCCGCUGCCGACGUCAUCAAGGCCGCCUACGACGCCGCCCAGGCCGCUAUGCGCACCCUCAAGGUCGGCGCCCGCAACUGGGACGUUACCGAGGUUGUUGACAAGGUCGCCAAGGAGUUUGACGUUGUCGCCGUGCAGGGCAUGCUCUCGUGCCAGCACGAGCAGAACGUCACCGACGGCAAGAAGCGCAUCCUCCUGGGCGCCACCCCGGAGCUCAAGCGCGACCACGAGUCGGCCACCUUUGAGGAGGGUGAGGUUUACGGUGUCGACGUCCUCCUCGUCACCGGCACCGACGGCAAGGCCCGUGCCGAGGACAGCCGCACCACCGUCUACAAGCGCGCCAACGACGUCAACUACCAGCUCAAGAUGAAGACCUCGCGCACCACCUUCUCCGAGGUCCAGAAGAAGGCCGGCGCCUUCCCCUUCACCCUCCGCGUCCUCGAGGACCAGAAGCGCGCCCGCAUGGGUGUCCAGGAGGCGGUCGCCCACGGCCUCCUCAAGCCCUACGAGGUCACCCAGACCGCCGCCGGCUCUAUCGUCGCCGAGUUCUUCUUCACCAUCGCCCUCCUCCCCGCCGGCCCCCUCCUCCUCUCGCCCACCCCCGUGUGGUACUCUGCUGACAAGGUCACCUCGACCAAGUCGGUCCAGGACGAGGAGCUCAAGGCCCUCAUCGCCGCCCCCCUCCGUGCCUCGAAGAAGAAGGCCAAGAAGGCCGCCGCCCCCGCCUCGGCCUAA